AUGGCCUCGAGCGCCGAGGUGCAGCAAACGCUGCUCGAUUUUGUGCAAGUGCUCAUCCACCAGGUGCUCUUCGCUCGCAAGGUCUACCCCGAGGAGACCUUUGAAGCCCGCCGCCACCUCGGUGUCGCGGGCCCGGAUAAUUUCGCACUCAGGUCGCGGCACCCAGAGCUUUGCGCCUACAUCGAUGGUGCCGUGCGCGACCUUGCCGAUCUCCUGCGCCGUGGAGAGGCAGAGAGGCUGGCCAUCCUUGUCCUGGGCGCACCACUCGCGCAAUCUUCCGCCGCUCCGUCGGAUGUGCUCGUGGUACCGAAUGUGCUCGAGACGUUUGUCCUCGAGCUGAGUGGAGCGCCCGCUGCGAUUUCCGGCGUGCACAAGCUCCUGGAGCAGCUGCGCGGCUUCCUCGUGCGGGUUUGCGUCUGCGAGCAGCAACUCACGCCACUCGCGCCGGAGGAGCUGAGCUUCAGCCUCGAGGUGCACACCGUGCACGCCCCUUCGGAGGAGCUGUGCCAGCGCUGGGUGUCCUGUUCGCGGAGCGAGGCUGGCACCGGGCCCUCACGCAUUGUUCCGCUCAAAUCGAUGGUGGCCGAGGAGGCGGGCUUCGACAUGCGGUUGCUUGUGGCACAGCGUCAACCCUGA